AUGGUUCUGAAGAGGACAGAGAGAGAUGCUUCAAACUGGUCCACAGAUAAGCUGAAAACACUGUUCCUAGCAGUGCGUGUGCAAGAUGAGGAAGGCAAGUGCGAGGUGACCCAAGUGAAUAAGCUUGAUGGAGAGGCAUCUAUUAACAAUCGCAAAGGCAAACUUAUCUUCUUUUACGAGUGGAGCAUCAAACUAAACCGGACACGUACCUCUAAGUCUGGGGUGCAGUACAAGGGCCAUGUGGAGAUCCCCAAUCUGUCUGAUGAAAAUACUGUGGAUGAAUUGGAGAUUAGUGUGAGCCCUGCCAAGGGUGAGCCUGACACGAAUCUCGUGGCCAUAAUGAAGGAAGAAGGGGUGAAACUUCUAAGAGAAGCAAUGGGAAUUUACAUCAGCACCCUGAAAACAGAGUUCACGCAGGGUAUGAGCUUGCCUACAAUGAACGGAGAGGCAGUAGACCCAGUCGGGCAGCCAGCACUGAAAACUGAGGAAAGCAAGGCUAAGGCUGUUCCUUCAAAAACCCAGGCCAGACCUGUUGGUGUCAAAAUCCCCACUUGUAAGAACACCCUUAGAGAAACCUUCCUGACAUCACCAGAGGAGCUCCAUAGAGUUUUUACCACCCAGGAGCUUGUUUGGGCCUUUACCCAUGCUCCUGCAAUGUUAGAAGCAGACAAAGGGGGCAAGUUUCACCUGGUAGAUGGCAAUGUCUCUGGAGAAUUCACUGAUUUGAUCCCUGAGAGACAUAUUGUGAUGAAGUGGAGGUUUAAAUCUUGGCCAGAAGGGCACUUUGCCACCAUCACCUUGACCUUCAUUGACAAGAAUGGAGAGACUGAGCUGUGCAUGGAAGGCCGAGGCAUCCCUGCCCCUGAGGAGGAGAGGACACAGCAGGGCUGGCAGCGGUACUACUUUGAGGGCCUCAAACAGACCUUUGGCUACGGCGCACGCUUAUUUUAG